CGACGAGAGAUUAAGAGGAAACAAAAGCUUCAACCUUUGAAGUCAAAAUACGCAGAGAUGGGUGAUGGAGCUUUAAUCGUAGCGGUGGCUAUUAAAGGGAACAAUAGCAAAACCAAAGGCGUUGUUCGAUGGGCACUUCAAGAAUUCGCUUCUCGAGAACAUGUUGUCUUCAAGCUCUUACAUGUCCAACCAAGAGACUCUAAUACGGUUUCGACCACAAGAAAAGAUUCGACCACAACUGUUUACAAGAAAGAUGUUGAUAGAAAAACCAGAGAGAUGCUUCUUCCAAGUAGAGACAUGUUUGUUCAUAGAGAGGUUCAAUUGGAUAUAAUGGUGCUUGAAUCAGACGAUGUAGCUGAUGCAAUCUCUAAAGCGGUUCAAGAUCAUGGAAUCAGUGAGCUAGUCAUUGGAGCUUCCUCUUCAAUCAUCUUCUCAUGGAAGUUGAAGAGAAGCAACUUGUCUUCAAGAAUUUCAGUUGCUACACCAAAAUUUUGCACAGUUCACGUUAUCUCUAAAGGAAAGCUUCUCAAUGUUCGUAAAUCUGAUAUGGACACCGAAACGAGCAUUGCAGAUGAUAGAAGCGAAAGCCGAUUCUCUUCAGAUAGUCAUUCAGGAUCAGUAAGUUCGACAUCGAGUCAUCAAUUCUCAUCAACACCUUUACUCUUCCAAAGAAUCCAAGCGCUUUCAACCGUAAACCAGAAGGUUGGAACAAACAUUGGAAAACAGAACAAUGAACCGCAUCAUCAUCAUAACAGAGCCGGGUCUCUCGACGAUGAAUCAAAGUUACUGAACCAGAAGGGCUUUUACAGAACAAGCAGCUCGGGAAUUGGGUAUGGAGGAAGCGAUAUCAGCAGCUGGAGAAGCUCUCAGAUGGAAGAGGCUUCAAGCUCAAGUACCUACAGUGACCCUACUUCAUCUAGUAGCCAGGCCAAUAAAGACUUUGAAUUAGAGAAGCUGAAGAUUGAACUCCGUCACAUUAAAGGAAUGUAUGCAGUUGCUCAAGGCGAAGUCAUUGAUGCUUCUAAAAAGAUGCAAGAUCUGAACCAGCGGCGAUCAGAGGAAGCUACGAGGCUCAAGAACUUAACGAUAAGAGAAGAAGAAGCUGAUGAAGUGGUAGAAAUGGAAAAGGAGAGACAAGAGGAGGCGGAAAACGAAGCUGAGCUUGUGAGAGAAUGCAUUGAGAGAGAAACCGAAGAGAGACUUGAGGCGGAAGCAAGAGCAGAAGAGGUUAGAAAAGAGAAGCAGAGGCUAGAGGAUGCACUUGAAGGCGGACCGCUUCAACGCCAACAAUACAUGAAAUUUGAGUGGGAAGAGAUCGUCGAGGCGACGUCAUCCUUCUCUGAUGAGCUUAAGAUCGGUGUGGGCGGUUACGGAAGCGUAUAUAGGUGUAACUUGCACCAUACGACAGUAGCUGUCAAGGUUCUUCAUUCAGACAAAAGUAGCUUAACCAAACAGUUUCACCAAGAGCUUGAGAUUCUUAGCAAGAUUCGUCACCCACACUUGCUUCUCCUCCUAGGCGCGUGUCCUGAACGCGGAAGCUUAGUCUACGAGUAUAUGCACAACGGAAGCCUCGAGGAAAGACUCAUGAAACGCCGACCAAACGUUGACACACCGCAGCCACCGCCGUUACGGUGGUUCGAGCGGUUCCGAAUCGCUUGGGAGAUCGCUUCAGCUCUUUACUUUCUCCACACAAACGAACCAAGACCAAUCGUUCACCGAGAUCUUAAACCAGCCAAUAUACUCCUAGACCGGAACAAUGUGAGCAAAAUCGGAGACGUAGGCCUCUCCAAAAUGGUUAAUCUUGAUCCUUCUCAUGCCUCAACGGUUUUCAACGAAACCGGUCCAGUUGGAACAUUCUUCUACAUAGAUCCUGAAUACCAAAGAACCGGAGUGGUAACCCCGGAAUCUGAUAUUUACGCGUUUGGAAUCAUACUUCUUCAGCUAGUCACAGCUAGAUCCGCCAUGGGUUUGGCUCAUACGAUAGAGAAAGCGUUGAGAGAUCAAACCGGGAAAUUUACAGAGAUCUUGGAUAAAACUGCUGGAGAUUGGCCGGUUAAAGAAGCGAAAGAGAUGGUUAUGAUAGGACUUAGAUGUGCGGAGAUGAGAAAGCGUGAUCGCCCUGAUUUAGGGAAAGAAAUUUUGCCGGUUCUUGAACGGUUAAAGGAAGUUGCGUCUAACGCAAGAAACAUGUUUGAUCAUCACCAUAAUGCUCCGACUCAUUUCUACUGUCCAAUAACAAAGGAUGUGAUGGAGAAUCCAUGUGUUGCUUCGGAUGGAUACACGUAUGAGAAGAGAGCGAUUAAGGAAUGGCUUCAGAAGAAUCAUAAAUCGCCAAUGACGGAUUUGCCCUUCCCUAAUGAUUCUCUUCUUCCUAAUCAUUCUCUUCUUUCUGCAAUUAAGGAAAGAAGAAAAACAGAGACCAAUGAAGCUCAAUACGAAGUCGAAUCUCCUUACGAGAAAGAAGAUUAUUCCGGAUCCGAAACAGAGGAGGAGCUUGUAAUCUGUAACGGUGGGGACGAUCUAACCAUCUGUGAUAUCCUUGAUGCUCCCGGAGAAGUCAUCGGAAAGUCAAGCUACGGUACAUUAUACAAAGCGACGUUGCAGAGAAGUGGGAAAGUUAGGGUUCUUAGAUUCCUUCGACCUUUGUGUGCAGUGAAAUCGGAUGCUAAGGAGUUUAAUGGCGUCAUUGAGUCGCUUGGAUUUGUUCGACAUGAUAAUUUGGUUCCUCUGUUAGGGUUUUAUGUUGGGAACAGAGGAGAGAAGCUUAUGAUUCAUCCUUUCUUUGGUUCCGGGAAUCUCUCUGAGUUCAUCAAAUGUGGAGAUGUUGACGCACACAAAUGGAGCAACAUUUUGAGUAUCACCAUUGGAAUAGCAAAAGCUCUUGAUCAUCUCCACACAGGAAUGCAGAGAACGAUUGUUCACGGAAAUCUGAAGUCGAAAAAUGUUCUUCUAGACCAGAGUUUUAGGCCUAGAGUCUCUGAUUUCGGCUUGCAUUUGCUCUUGAACCUCGCGGCUGGGCAAGAGGUUCUAGAAGCUUCUGCUGCAGAGGGAUACAAAGCGCCUGAGUUGAUCAAGAUGAAGGAAGUAAGCAAGGAGAGUGAUGUGUAUAGUUUCGGUGUGAUCAUGCUUGAGUUAGUCUCUGGUAAAGAGCCAAUAAACAAGAAUCCAAAGGGUUCUAUUCUUGAUCAUAAUAGGUUGUCGGAUUUGUACCGUCCUGAGAUUCUUAGGAGAUGUGUGAAAGAUGGAAAUGGUGUGACCGAAGAAUGUGUUCUCGAGUACUUUCAGCUUGCAGUAUCUUGUUGCUCUCCAUCUCCUUCUCUUAGGCCAAGCUUCAAGCAAGUAUUGAGGAAACUUGAAGAGAUUAGGAAAUGAUGCAUUAGAAAACUUGACUAAUUUGUGGAACAGGCAUAGCAAGAGAAUGUUGAAUCUUUCAAACAAUCAGAUACUUUUUUGCAAGAUUGAUUUAACGCGUGAGGCGGAUAAUACACGGGAGCGUCUUCA